AUGGAUAACCUCAAAGAAUGUGUUGUUGAGAAAAUAGUGCAGAGUUGUUUUAAUUUAUACGACAGCUUACCAAAGAAUGGAAAACCCAUCGACAAAGAGUGGACAGUACUAUCAUGUUUCAUAGAAUACAAUACAGCUUCAGACAGAAUUGAAGUGGUAUCAUUGGGUACUGGUUCAAAAUGUGUAGGAGCAUCGAAAAUGAGUCCUAAUGGGAGUAUACUCAACGACAGCCAUGCCGAAAUAUUUGCUCGACGAGGCUUUUUAUUGUACCUGUACGAAAAUAUUGACAAAGCUUUAAAAGACAAACAAAGCAUAUUUAGCAAAGAGAAUGGUCAGUUAAAACUUAAGGAUAAUAUACAAUACAUAUUUUACUCCUCACAAUUGCCGUGUGGAGAUGCAUCUAUAAUAUCUCAUAACGGUGAUGGUGAACAAUAUGGUGAUGUGCUGACCAAUCAAAAACGAGGGGCCCUAGAUGAUGUUAGUGAGAUAGAAUUUAAAAGACAAAAAGUUGAAGACUAUCUUAAUAAAACAGGUGCUAAAUGUUUACCUCAAUGUGAACAAGAUUUGAAGGAAUCGGGAACAAACAUUCAGCUUCUUUUAGGUCAAGUGAGAACGAAACCGGGGAGAGGAGACAGAACAUUGUCUGUUUCAUGUAGUGACAAAAUAGCUAAAUGGGUAUAUCUAGGUGUUCAAGGGAGCUUACUAAGUAUGCUUUGUGAACCAAUAUACAUAAAACACUUUAUAUUCGGUGGUGGUGUACCAUUUUCAAGUCAAUCUCUAAACAGAGCAUUUUUAAGUCGGACAGAGUCACCACCUACAUUAGAUGUGGUUCCUCAAUUUUAUCAUAGCAAUUUGGUCUUUACAAAUAUAAGCUCAGAUGUCAAUAUAAGGCCGGCCCCUGGGAGUAUAGUGUGGACAAAAUCAUUUAGCCAGUAA